AUGCCAGCAUCGACCCAGGCAACAGGGUCGAAGAAGGACUCCAUACCUCGAGUUUCAACGCUUGUUCCUCAGAGCGCUGUCAGGGAAUAUCAGCAAAGGAAGAAGAAGGCAAACUAUUGGAAGAUCCUGCAACGACGCAUUUGCUACUUCCAGCUUGACAAGUAG